GGGGAGGGGCGGCGGGUCAGUCUCCGCCCGGCGCUCCCGGGAUCAGCUGGCGGGCGGGCGGGAGCCGAGCGCGGCCCCGGCUCUCGCUGCAGCGCCGCCUCUUCUCUGCGUCGCAGGCCGGCCCGGCGGCCGUGACAAUGUCGCGGGGCUGGUAGCAGGGCGCCGGCCGCCGAGCCGUCUCAAGUUUAAACUUACACGAAUCGCUUUCUGGAGGAGGAGGGGACCCGCCGCGCGAUUGACACGCAUAUUCCUAUAGGCAUCCUCCCUCAGCCCCCACCCCCACGGCCGGAUUCGGGUGGCUCCUCUCCGAGGUGAAAUCCGAGAAGAAAUCCUUGGAUCUCUUUUCUUUAAAAAAAAAAAAAAAAAAAAAAAAAUCUAGAAACCAUCGGUAUUUUGCUUUGCUGCUCCCUAUUCGCAAGAUGAAGAAGUUUUUCGACUCCCGGCGAGAGCAGGGCGGCUCUGGCCUGGGCUCCGGCUCCAGCGGAGGAGGGGGCAGCACCUCGGGCCUGGGCAGUGGCUACAUCGGAAGAGUCUUCGGCAUCGGGCGACAGCAGGUCACAGUGGACGAGGUGUUGGCGGAAGGUGGAUUUGCUAUUGUAUUUCUGGUGAGGACAAGCAAUGGGAUGAAAUGUGCCUUGAAACGCAUGUUUGUCAACAAUGAGCAUGAUCUCCAGGUGUGCAAGAGAGAAAUCCAGAUAAUGAGGGACCUUUCAGGGCACAAGAAUAUUGUGGGUUACAUUGAUUCUAGUAUCAACAACGUGAGUAGCGGUGAUGUAUGGGAAGUGCUCAUUCUGAUGGACUUUUGUAGAGGUGGCCAGGUGGUAAACCUGAUGAACCAGCGCCUGCAAACAGGCUUUACAGAGAAUGAAGUGCUCCAGAUAUUUUGUGAUACCUGUGAAGCUGUUGCCCGCCUGCAUCAGUGCAAAACUCCUAUUAUCCACCGGGACCUGAAGGUUGAAAACAUCCUCUUGCAUGACCGAGGCCACUAUGUCCUGUGUGACUUUGGAAGCGCCACCAACAAAUUCCAGAAUCCACAAACUGAGGGAGUCAAUGCAGUAGAAGAUGAGAUUAAGAAAUACACAACGCUGUCCUAUCGAGCACCAGAAAUGGUCAACCUGUACAGUGGCAAAAUCAUCACUACGAAGGCAGACAUUUGGGCUCUUGGAUGUUUGUUGUAUAAAUUAUGCUACUUCACUUUGCCAUUUGGGGAAAGUCAGGUGGCAAUUUGUGAUGGAAACUUCACAAUUCCUGAUAAUUCUCGAUAUUCUCAAGACAUGCACUGCCUAAUUAGGUAUAUGUUGGAACCAGACCCUGACAAAAGGCCGGAUAUUUACCAGGUGUCCUACUUCUCAUUUAAGCUACUCAAGAAAGAGUGCCCAAUUCCAAAUGUACAGAACUCUCCCAUUCCUGCAAAGCUUCCUGAACCAGUGAAAGCCAGUGAGGCAGCUGCAAAAAAGACCCAGCCAAAGGCCAGACUGACAGAUCCCAUUCCCACCACAGAGACUUCAAUUGCACCCCGCCAGAGGCCUAAAGCUGGGCAGACUCAGCCGAACCCAGGAAUCCUUCCCAUCCAGCCAGCCCUGACACCCCGGAAGAGGGCCACUGUUCAGCCCCCACCUCAGGCUGCAGGAUCCAGCAAUCAGCCUGGCCUAUUAGCCAGUGUUCCCCAACCAAAACCCCAAGCCCCACCCAGCCAGCCUCUGCCACAAACUCAGGCCAAGCAGCCACAGGCUCCUCCCACUCCACAGCAGACGCCUUCUACUCAGGCCCAGGGUCUGCCUGCUCAGGCCCAGGCCACACCCCAGCACCAGCAGCAACUCUUCCUCAAGCAGCAACAGCAGCAGCAACAGCCACCGCCACCACAGCAGCAGCCGGCAGGCACGUUUUACCAGCAGCAGCAGCAGGCCCAGACUCAGCAGUUUCAGGCAGUACAUCCAGCAACCCAGCAACCAGCAAUUGCUCAGUUCCCUGUGGUGUCCCAAGGAGGCUCUCAACAGCAGCUAAUGCAGAAUUUCUACCAGCAGCAGCAGCAGCAGCAGCAACAACAACAGCAACAGCAACAGCUGGCCACAGCCCUGCAUCAACAACAGCUGAUGACUCAGCAGGCUGCCUUGCAGCAAAAGCCCACUGUGGCAGCAGGACAGCAGCCCCAGCCACAGCCAGCUGCAGCCCCACAGCCAGCCCCUGCCCAGGAGCCAGCGCAGAUUCAAGCCCCAGUAAGACAACAGCCAAAGGUUCAGACAACCCCACCUCCUGCCGUCCAGGGGCAGAAAGUUGGAUCUCUCACUCCACCCUCAUCCCCCAAAACCCAACGUGCUGGGCACAGGCGUAUUCUCAGUGACGUAACCCACAGUGCAGUCUUUGGGGUCCCUGCCAGCAAAUCAACCCAGCUGCUCCAGGCAGCUGCAGCUGAGGCCAGUCUCAAUAAGUCCAAGUCUGCAACCACCACUCCAUCAGGCUCUCCUCGGACCUCUCAACAAAACGUUUAUAAUCCUUCAGAAGGGUCUACGUGGAAUCCCUUUGAUGACGAUAAUUUCUCCAAACUCACAGCUGAAGAACUGCUAAACAAGGACUUUGCCAAGCUGGGGGAAGGCAAACAUCCCGAGAAGCUUGGAGGCUCAGCUGAGAGUUUGAUCCCAGGCUUUCAAUCAACCCAAGGUGAUGCUUUUGCUACGACCUCAUUUUCUGCUGGAACUGGUCUCCAGAGAGAGUCCAAUCCCUGUCCUGUAAUAACUGUAGAGCACUUUAAAGAAUCACUGGGCAUUAAAGGCCUUCCGCUGUAUCCAGACCCCUCCAGAGUACCUGGCACAAAGACUCAGAACAACUUAGAAUCUGACUACUUGGCCAGAGAUGGCCCUUCAAGCAACAGCUCAUUCCACAGCAGUGAAGAGGAAGGGACUGACCUUGAAGGAGACAUGCUGGACUGCAGUGGGUCUCGGCCUCUCCUUAUGGAGUCUGAAGAAGAAGAUGAGAGCUGCAGACCCCCCCCGGGGAAGCUGGGAGGAGCCGUUCCAUUCGCUCCACCAGAAGUCUCUCCUGAGCAAGCAAAGACAGCGCAAGGUGGGAGAAAGAACCAGUUUCAAGCCUUCACACAGCCAGCCACUGAUGGGCUCAGUGAGCCAGAUGUUUUCGCCAUAGCUCCCUUCAGGAGCUCAAGGGUUCCAAAUGAUGACAUGGACAUUUUCUCCAAAGCCCCAUUUGUCUCCAAGAGCAGUAUGGCUCCUUCCCAGCCAGAGGAGUCAGACGUGUUUUUGAGAGCUCCUUUCACUAAGAAGAAAAGCAUGGAGGAGUUAACAGUUAUCCAGAGCACCUCCCAGGAGCUGCCUGCACAGACUGGUCUCCUCAGUCAGACAGGUGAUGUCCCCCUGCCCGCAGGCCGUGAGAGAGCUGUGUACACCUCUGUCCAAGCUCAGUAUUCCACAGCUGGUUUUGUGCAACAGUCUAACCUCCUGUCCCAUUCUGUACAAGCAGCAGACCAUCCGGACAGCAUCUCUCCCAGGGGAUCCUGCCUGGAAUCUGGGGGUCAUUCUAAUGACAGAAACAAAGGACCGCAGCUCCAGAAAGAAGCUGUCUCAGGCCCCAUGGCUGGCAAACCAUUCCGCCCCCAGUCCUUAUCCAAGUAUUCCCGUCACUAUAGCCCAGAAGACGAGCCAAGUCCAGAAGCCCAGCCCAUUGCUGCCUACAAAAUUGUUUCACAAACCAACAAGCAGUCGAUAGCUGGGUCUGUUUCUAUCACAUCCCUUUCCUCCAGGACUACGGAGCUGCCAGCUGCUGAUCCAUUUGCUCUAGCACCCUUCCCUUCAAAAUCAGGCAAGAAACCCUAGGAGCAAAACCUGAGCCUCAAGCCUCUUGUCUCUAUCCCACCCUCAAUACCCGCCACGGCACUCCCAGCUGAGCCUUCUGAAGAAGAAAUAUUAUCCGUUCUUAUAUUUCAAUUCCCUGCGUCAGAGCAGAAUUUCUUGAGUCAACAAACUCAGUUGCAGUGAUAUUUAGUUGAAGCCCCUUUAAGUUAUGUUCGUUUUGUUUGUUUGUUUGUUUGUUUAUAUUGAUUUCUGGACUUGGAGGCAUUUUCAUCUCCUUCACAGAGGUCAUCCACUUCCACCAAGAACUCUGCUUUCCCCCCGUCCCACCCACAGAAACUGUUUAAAUCCUGAAAUACUCCUUCACCCCAAUCCCAAAGGGGCCCUAUUGUUGCUAGUUUUAAUUCCUGUAGCUCCUGUUCUAAGUCAUGCCCAUCGAAGAAUCAAGAUUAGUCCCUCCACUAAAUCAAGAUUUAGUACUCUUGAAAAGGGGAGAUGUCUGGAAAGAAGAGCAAGAUAAAAACCCUGCACAUCGACAGGAAGUAUAAUCCUGCAGUUACUAAUCAUUCCUGUAGAAGCAGCAGCUCUAGGAGUCUCCAGAUCUGAUUCUCGGUCUGCGUGCAAGCCAGGCUGGCUCUCGUGCGUGACUGUCUAUGGGUGUGGAAUGUACGUCAGAGCCUGUGUAGAGAUACAGGCAGAUGGGCUAACUCCUCAUGUCUAGUCAUGCUGGCAGGGCUUUCCCCACAUCCAUGCUUUUGAAAUUAGUGUGAGUGUACAGGUUUGUGUGUGCAUGUAUACGUGUGUGUGCACAGGAAGCAUUUCCACUUGAGGGAAAUCCUGCCCCAUCAUGCCUACCUCCACAAUGAAAUCACUCGUUUUUUGGUGUUUGCUCGCCUAACUGACUUGAACCCCAUUUAAUUUAUUUAGUUUUUUUCUCAUGGCAAAGUAGAAUACGUUGGAAGGUGUAGGGAAAUCCUGCUGGAACUGAUGUUUCAGAGUAAAUUUUUUUUCUCUCCGGAAUUUCUUGUUUUGCUAUUAACAAAUUAUAUUUACCUGAUUAUGAAAAAUUAAUUUUCCUUAUACAUUUUCCCCUUACAACACUAGAAAAGAGCACCUUGUCACAGUUCCGGCCUCUGAGUAUGUGGGCUAAAUGCCAGCAUUAGGGAAUUCAUUAAUCAUGAGACUAGGCUACAAACUAGGCUUGCUUGUUUUGGGGUUGUUUUGUUGUUGUUGUUGUUGUUGUUUCCAAAUCUCUACUGCCUUUUGAGGAAAUGUAAAUCUGAGACAUGGAAAUAAGUGUUUGGGAGAAUGGAAAAGAGCUGAAUCAGGUAGGCAUGAAAACUUUUACAUUCUCUAUCCUCUUUAGAUGUUGAAAUAGGCCAGACAGGUUAACUGAUGUUUUUUAAAGUUGUCUUUUAUUUCUGGAAAGAUCUGACUUAUUCCUAGCUUUUUUCAUACCCUUUAUUAUUAGUGCCUUAAAAUAAAGCUGGCCAGGUGCAGUGCCACACACCUGUAAUACCAGCAUUUUGGAAGGCUGAGGCGGGAGGAUCAGUUGAGCCCAGGAAGUUCAAGACCAACUCUGGCAACACAGCGAGACCCUGUCCCUUCAAAAAAUAAAUAAAAAAAUAGGCUGGGCAUGGUGGCUCACACCUGUAAUCCCAGCACUUUGGGAGGCCAAGGUGGGCAGAUCACAAGGUCAGGAGUUUGAGACCAGCCUGGCCAACAUGGUGAAACCCCAUCUCUACUAAAAAUACAAAAAAUUAGCUGGACAUGGUGGUGCACACCUGUAGUCCCAGCUACUCAGGAGGCUGAGGCAGGAGAAUCGCUUGAACCCGGGAGGCAGAGGUUGCAGUGAGCAGAGAUUGCGCCACUGCACUCUGGCCUGGGCAACAGAGCGAGUCUAAAAAAUAAAAUUAAAUAAAAUAAUGAAAAAAAUUAGCUGGGUAUGGUGACAUAUGCCUGUAGCUACUCAGGAGGCUGAGCUGGAAGGAUCACUUGAGCCCAGGAGUUUGAGGCUGCAGUGAGUUGUGAGUCCAGCCUGGGUGACAGAGUGAGACACUGUCUCCAAAAAUAUAAUAAUAAAAAUAAAGCCUGUAUCUCAAUGGGAAGAUUUCUGCUAAGGCAGUUCAACUCACUGGAAAGAACUGCUGCAUUAGGUUUCAACUUUAAUGCUUUCUGUUACUUCUAGUAAAGGUUAAGUGAUUUUUCCAUUAGCUGUAGAAGUUUGGAGAGCUAUUUACCAAGCCAGAUCAAUGAUUUUAAAAUUAUUGGAAAUUCAUCUGAGAAUCAAGUCUGAAUGCCCAAUUCUAUUGCGGUUGAUUAGGUGUGAUAUUCUUUAAAGUUCAGGAAUAUUGGCAGUAAAAAAUGAGCAGCUACUUUUCAACACUUUGUCCUUUUUUGGUGGUCUCUGCCUAUUUCAAAUGUCCUGAUCAAAAGAUAAAUAAUUGGCACUGUGCCAAGGUUUGGUUUUGCAACUAAGGUUUCAACUGUGCCAGAAACCUAUGUCCUUCACUUUGGUGGAUGCUAAAUGUUAUUCUAAGAAUAUGCUUUUUCCCAAUUCUCCUUUCUGAUUUUUAUGUAUUAGUGGAUGCAAAAUUGUCUUUCUAGUUGAAUGAAUAAUUUCGGCUAAUGCACGUGGAACUUUGCACCCCAGAUUCUUCCCAUGGUCAUUAUCAAGUGAAGCCCUCAAAAACAUGAGCGAAGAGCCUAGAAAUAUUCAGGGAGAUUUCUCACCCCAACUCAGAAUUUUUUUUUUUUUUCAAGACAGCGUCUUGCUCUGUCGCUCAGGCGGGAGUGCAGUGGUGUGAUCUCGGCUCACUGCAACCUCCAUUUUCCGAGUUCAAGCGAUUCUGCCUCAGCCUCCCGAGUAGCUGGGAUUACAGGCACACACCACCAUGCCUGGCUAAUUUUUGUAUUCUUAGUAGAGAUGGGGUUUCACCACGUUGGCCAGGUUGGUCGUGAACUCUUGACCUUGUGAUCCACCCACCUUGGCUUCCCAAAGUGCUAGGAUUACAGGCGUGAGCCACCGCACCUGGCCCAGAAAUUCUUUUUUUUUUUUUUUAAUUAUUAUUAUACUUGAAGUUUUAGGGUACAUGUGCACAAUGUGCAGGUUAGUUACAUAUGUAUACAUGUGCCAUGCUGGUGUGCUGCACCCAUUAACUCGUCAUUUAGCAUUAGGUAUAUCUCCUAAUGCUAUCCCACCCCCCUCCCCCCACCCCACAACAGUCCCCAGAGUGUGAUGUUCCCCUUCCUGUGUCCAUGUGUUCUCUUUGUUCAAUUCCCACCUAUGAGUGAGAACAUGCGGUGUUUGGUUCAGAAAUUCUUAAAGUAAGAGAUCAUUCUAAUUCCCCUUUCCAAAUAUUCAGGAUUAUCUCUGUAACAGCCCAGCAAAAUGUUUUUCCUUUGGUUAUUUGAUAAUUCCCUUCUAAUCAAGUGACUAUUUUAAUUCUCAAGGUGCAAAUCAGGAUAAAAUCAUGGUGAUUUUACUACAUAGUUGAAUACUUCGUCAAGCAUGAGCUUGUAUCCUUUUUAAAUUUUUCACUGGAGGCCAGGCGCGGUGGCUCACGCUUGUAAUCCCAGCACUUUGGGAGGCCGAGGUGGGUGGAUCACUUGAGGGUAGGAGUUUGAGACCAGCCUGGCCAACAUGGUGAAACCCUGUCUCUACUAAAAAUACAAAAAGUAGCUGGGCGUGAUGGCACGCACCUGUAGUCCCAGUUACUAGGGAGGCUGAGGCAGAAUUGCUUGACCCAGGGAGGCAGACUUUGCAGUGAGCCAAGAUUGUGUCAUUGCACUCCAGCCUGGGCGAGAAGAGCAAAACUCCGCCUCAAAAAAAAAAAAAAAAAAUUGUCACUGGAGACAUGAUGGGUGGAGACUCUACAUACCUUCUUUGAAUACAGAAACAGAUGCAAACACAUGCAAAUUACUUUUUUUUUUUUUUUUGGUGAUGCAUGAAAAAACUUUGACUUGUGGAUUACAUUAAUUAUUAGUAACAGUUAGAUUCUGCUGACUUGUAUUACAGUAGGGUCUUAUUUCCUUAAAGAGAAAAAAAAUACAGUCAUGCCCCGCUUAAUGAUGAGGGAGACAUUCAGAGAAAUGCAUCCUUAGGUGAUUUUGUCAUUGUGUGAACAUCACAGAGUGUACUUAACACAAACCUAGAUGGCACGGCCUACUACCUACCUAGGCUAUAUGGUCCAGCCUGUUGCUCCUGGGCUACAAACCUGUACAGCAUGUUACUGUACUGAAUACUGUAGGCAGUUGUAACACAAUGGUAAGUAUUUCUGUAUCCAAACAUUUUAGACAUAGAAAAGGUACAGUAAAAAUAUGGUAUAAUCUUAUGGGACCAUCAUGGUAUAUGUGGUCCAUCAUUGAUGGAAUCGUUUUUAUGCAGCACAUGACUGUAUAUAAUCAACAAACAACUCUACUUUCUUGUUUUCGUUUGUUGUGUUUUUGCUUUACACAUUUGAUAGGGAACAUAGAAGUUGUGACCUUCAUUUCAGUGGAAAGCAUUGAGCCAGAAUAUAUUUAUUCCUAAACCAUCGAGCCACACAUGCAUUGAUGAACCUUGAAAGAAUCCACAGUAAUUGACUAACAGGCAGUAUUGAAUGAAAGAUGUCAUAUGUGGUGAAAAAUAUUUAAUAUAUCAGUUUCUUGGGCUCACAUACAGCCCUUUAGUUGCAAGUACUUGGUUAGAUUAGAAAAUGGGAUGAACACAAUUUGAUGCUGAAGCAGCUGCUGAGCAGCACCCAGGGAGUCUAGGUCAUACGCCCUAUAUUGUUUUCGGCCCACUUAUUGUUGAGUUGAAAAGUCUCAUAUUUGUAGACUAGAGUGUAUGUGUUUACAGGCCCAUGUUGUAUCUGAGUUUUCUCUGGCAACUAAGAUCUCUUUCUAAACGUUCUAGAAAGAUACUGGUAUCUUACUGGCCCAUUAUUUAUUUAGUAAGUUUUAGAAUACAUGUACAUCAGUGUUUUCAACUACUUGGUGGACAUUUCACUGAUGCAUAAUGAAAGUAGCAGAUUAUAAUCAUCAGAGUGAUCUGACAAGGAAAUUCUGUAUUUGCUUCCAUAAAGAAAAAUAAUCAAAACAUAUAUCAGAUAUAAUAUAUAUGCAGUAUAUCACAUAGGAAAUUUUAUUUUAGGAAAUUAGAGAACGAUGCUACUCAAUUCAUUCUCUAGCAGGAAGAAUACAGCUUAAAAAUCACUUGGGUCCCUUUAAUAAAGAAAAGUGUGAUUCUGUGUUGUGUGUUUGGAACUGAAAUUGGAGAACACGUACCAGUCGACUGUGAAAUGGUUGCUGGAUAAAACCACAGAUGUGGUUUUAUCCGAGAAAUGUGGGACUGAAAUUAUUUUGAUGAGAGGUACAUAAGAGAGCUGCAGAAAAGACUGUAGCUUCUGAGGAGGCAGGAGUACCUUGUUAAUAUCCAAACCACCCCUGAGUUCUAAUGUUCCAACUCCACCUAAACGAGGAAUUGGAAACUUUAAAUGGAAUUAUCUAAUUUAAAUUCUUAGUUUUUUCUUUGUCUUUCUCAGCUGAUACUUGUAGUUUUGUUUUGUUUUUUAACCACCAAGAACACUUGCAAGUUUGUUACUGAAAACAUCACUAAAGGAAAAGAAGAGUUUCAAAAUGCUUGAAAAGUAGUAUGUGGUUGGGAAUUGUUUUUGUUCAAGUCCCUGGAAGUCCUCUUGGCUUAGCUCCCUUGUUCCUGUUCCCACUUCAUUUCCUUACUUAACAUUCCCCUAUUUUGAGCAUGUCAAUAAGUGCAUGAUGAAUGGCACAGUUGAAUGAUCAUGUUUAAUUGCUUCCUUUGUUGCUGUAAACAGUUUCUUGUUAAGUUUCAGCCAAGUCUGUGACAAUCUCACCAAAUAAGAAUGAAAUGGGCGGGGUGUGGUGGCUCACACUUGGAAUCCCAGCACUCUGGGAGGCUGUGGUGGGCAGAUCGCUUGAGCUCAUGAGUUCAAGACCAACCUGGGCAACAUGGCAAAACCUUGUCUCUACAAAAAAUACAAAAAUUAGCCAGGCAUGGUGGUGCACACCUGUAGUCCCAGCUACUUGGGAGGCUUAGGUGGGAAGAUGGCUUGAGCACGGGAGGCAGAGGUUGCACUAAGCCAAGAUCGUGUCACUGCACUCCAGCCCAGGCAAUAGAGCCAGACCCUGUCUCAAAAAAACAAAACAAACAAAACAUGAAUGAAUGAAAUGGCUCACCUUCCCUAUUAUGAACUAGAAGAAAGGAUGAAGGAAGGUUGGCAGGACCCCAGCCUUACUCUGUAGUGAAAACCCAGAGGUACCUUUCCCGGAAUGCAGGGUCAAGUUUAUGUGUGAAGGGACGCUAGAAUAGCUGGUAAAAAUGGCUACAUGUUAACCAUUCUUGACUUAGUCCAGUAUUCCCAUAAUUUGUAAUUCCAUAAAUUUAUUCUCAGCUGUCUCCCAGCCAUUUCUAAUAGAAGGAUGUGUACCCCAGUUUUGACAAUGUUCUUGAAAUCAAGUUAGUGUUACCUGCAUUGCAUUAUAAUGGAACUAUAUGUACAUGUUAAAGGGAUCCGUUUGAUUCCUUUUGGCAAGGAAUUGCAAAAAUAGUUUUUACCAAUACCAGUUAAAAUAGGAUAGGUUAGACUUUGGGGGCAGGGUGAGACAGUGCAGCCUUUUCACUCUGAAAUGGCAAAUCAGCUGUACUCUUUGAGUCUACCAGAGAUUCCUAUUUGAGUGUGAAUGGGGUGUGUGUGUCUGUGUGUGUGCUCAUUCAUCUUCAUGCUUUCUUCCAUGGUGUUAAUUCAAGCUCUCCUAAUAAAGGUAUCCAAAGAGUACUGAGAAGUGACCAUAGGUAUUUGGCAUGAGUAAAUGUAGUUCCUUUUGCCAAAAACUCUCAAAAGUUACAACUGGAGUUCUUUGCGAUAAAAGGUUGGGGAAAUCAGCCAUGGCUUUAGCCUUGUUCCCAAGUACACAUCUUCUUAUCCACAAGGAUGAAACUGUGUAGGGCUCACCCUGAGGGCUCAUGUGUGGCAUUGAGAGGGUAGCAGUGACCAGAACACCACAAGGCCCACAAGAUGUUUUGAAUGAGGGAACAUUUAAUGUCAUUUGUUAGGAGAUAGAAACCAAAUAAUAAAGGACAAGGACUACGCUUAUUCCGUGGAGAAGAGGUGAACUCCCUCUGCUGACUAUUUGGAAUGGACUGAAUGAGGAGGUCUCCCCAGCCAGAAGGAGUAUUGAGGUCAUCAGGCCUCAGAAAACAAUGUACACAUAAUCUCGGGCUGUGAACAAGAGAAAGGAGGGGGGGAAACAUGAAAGUCAAUCUUAACAAUUUUUGCAAUACCUCUUAUUUGCAGACCAUUGGAUUUAUGUUAUUGCACUCUCGGUGUGAUUUAUCGUAUGUAUCUGAUAGGUUUUAUGAAUUGUUUUGAGUUGUAAACUCCUAUACCCUUUAUUAAAAUGGACCUAAUUAAGUGA